UCAAUGCGAAUAAAUUAUCUUGCGCUCACCAGCACCAUCAUCGCUCAUCCGCUUGGAGAUCUGAUAUGCUGCGACUGAUAGGUCGCGUGUCUCUCCGAUGAGGAACUUACUAUUGAAGCGGCCUAAGCGGGAGGAUGUGGUUGGCCGACACAUUUACGCCUUUGUCAAGAAUCGCACAAAUCAAGUCCUCUACUCAUUCUCACGGACGCUUCGGCCCCAAGAUUUGAAGCAAUUACCGGACGCUGGAGCCAACAACACACCCCCUUCAUUACGAAAAGACGAAUGGCGACCACUAUGGACCGUAUCCAUCCCGGGAACGCCGACAACAUCCCGGAUAAACCAGGAGCUGAUCACCAAACUUCGCGACUACCGGAUGCUUCACGAGCUAUGCUGGGAGAUGCCGGAGUCGAUAACAAAGCCGUUCGACGAGGAAGAGAUUAAACAGAUGAAGGACAAGUUGAAACGCCGAGGAGGAUCCAAGAAGGAAUCCGUCUACGACGUGAUCAAACACAAGAAGAAAAAAUUGCGGGCACAAAUGGUAAUGGACCAAAAGGCCAACUCUGUCGCGGAUCUCGCGGCCGGGCUUCUCCAAAUCUCAGACCAGGAGGCAAGUGAUCUGGCAUUGGAGGAAGCCAGACAGAAGAGGGAAGAAGUUGCGUUGUUGGUUCGGUUGUCAAACGACUUCGAAGAGACGAUCCGAGAUUCGAAUGAAGAAUAUCUCCAAUUGAAGAGUUCGGUAUCACCCGAGAUCAGCGAAUUGGGCGCGGAUGAGCCCAUUUCGCAGGAUGGAUUGGAGGAUUCGAUGAAGCCUGAAGCGGCCGGCAUAUCCACAAAAAUUUCCCCUGAGCUUAGAGCAGCCAUGGAUGAGAUUCACGCCAAGCAAGCCAGGUCAAAGUACGCUGUCGAAGAGCUCGUACGAGCGCGAGAAAAUCUGCAGAAGCAAGUCGAAGAUCUGGCCGGUCAGAUCAAGAUCGCAGAAGCACGACUUGACUCACGUAGUGAUGAGACGGACAAGGAGAAAUCAACGAACGAGAAUGAUGCAAAAUCGGACGCUUCCAUCGAAACGCUGAGAAUGCGGUAGCCUCAUCAACAAAGGAGACGAAGGAGAUCUUGACACGCCAGAGUGAGAUCAGCAACACAGUGGACACGCGAGCUCACCUCCUUGGUCUAGACUCGGAUC